AUGAUUUCAGUUUCGUCGGCCGGGGCUGUUCUACUGGAGAUCGCCGCCGUCGCAGCCCCCAAAUUCGCCGCCCUAAUCGUCGCCUCCUCUGCCGCCAAGGUCGCCUCCGAUGUCGCCUCCUCCGCCGUUGAGGUCGUCGACUCGAAUGUCGUCGAAGCCGUGGACAUUAAGAAGCUGGUGAAUUCCCGUUUUCCCGAUGGGUUCACGGCGUAUUACACAUUUCUACUUGUAUUGCAUCAAGUUUUCAACAAGCGUAACAUGAUAUAUAGACAACACAAACAAACUCCAAGAGUUACUUGA